CAUGUCCACCGCCUAACAAUCAUCAGGACUGCUAUGUCGUUCGCCCGCCGUCGCCUCGGCCGUGUUGCGAGCCGCAUCAGUGUAAACCGACCAGGACAAAGUACAUUAUGCCAUGCUAUCGAUAUGAAGAUGGACGCAUAGUUUAUCCCCUGCCAUCAUCUGCAUUGAAAAGGAAUGGCCUUCAAGAUCAAAAUGUCGGAGAAAGCGGUGGCAUUGCAUACAUUAGAAAAUGUUGGCACGAUGCUUGGUGUGGCGACUAUCCCAGACCAAUUGCCAUCAAACCGAUGAAGAAGCUGGCUGUAAAAAAAACUAAGAAACAAUGAUCCUGUUGGUGCGUAGAUUCUAGCGUGGAGUUUAUUUGCGUCAGCAAGAAAUAUAAUCAGAGUAAACAAGCUCCCCGUCACUGCGUUCAAGCGCAACGGCAUGCAGGACCAGGAGCACGGCAAGGUUCAAGGCGCAACCAACUUUCUCCGGCGCUUUCCACGCGAUGUAGAGCUCGAAUGCGAUGUCAGCCCCAAGAUCAAAGUGUGUGAUCCGGCGAAAGUGCCUGUCUGCGACGGAAAAAACACACUUUGCUGCCAUCUUUUGAAAAAAACCAUAAAAGUUUCACUUGAAGAUAUACUAGAUGAUUGACAAUGCUAACCAACCGACGGUGCUGAUGCGGCGCGCCUGCGAAGUGGCAGUCGGCAAGCGCCCGCGCAAGAGGCCCUACGAAGAGAGCCGCUACCUUCGCGACGCUGACCACCAGGAAUCACGUUACAUUCGGGAAGAUGAGGAGGGUAACUGUUGUAUUCAUUUCGAACACCAGAAACACCAUCAGUCCGUCCCGUCUACAUUUUCUCAAUACUGCAUGGAGUACCCUCCCGGCAUGACCGCCCGCCCUGUGACGUCAGUGCCAGCAGUACCGCAGAAUUGUUACCCUUACUCCUGCUACAAUACUUGUUAAAUACUGAAAUAAAUAAGGCCAGUAAAAGAUUAUUCAUUACAUACCAUAGAGCAUUUAUUAACCGGAGUCGCCUGUAAGAGCUUACCCCUCUGCCGAAAACCUUGCACAACUGUGCAAACUUUUGUAUGGACUGACGUUUAUCUGACAUGGCUAUAUGUUCGUUCCGAAGAGGUUCGUUGAGGUACCCCUCCCCCGCAAAAAUCGUCAGACUGUUUUGUACAGAAAAUGACAGAUAAAGCGUCUCCAGUUACUAAAUGCUCUAAGUUACAUGCUCAAUAAUACAUAUAGAAUCUGUCACAAUGUAUCCUUCUUUGUUAUUUACCCUUGUUAUUUACCGCGACAAAAGUGAUAUGAUGAUUGAGAUGAUUUCGUUCAUUAGGAGUAAAUGCGCUGUUUAUAGAAACGGAUGUUACAAUUCACUACAGAUACAUUUUAUCGUUAUCAGUAUUAUCACAUCAAUGGGAAAAUAUCGCCUUAUGUGCUGCCUAUAUGUACACUUACAAGUAUAUUGAUUUUCUCAUUUACCCCGAUGAACGCAGUUUUAUUCCGAUACUCCAAAAAAUUAAAUAAUUAUUGUUUUGUUUCGUGUAACAGCAUCGAAAAUAAUUGCAUUUUGGAUUAAGCGCAGCAGUUAUAUUAUUUGAAUUUGAAUUUGAAUAUUCUAAGGAGAAAUAAUGGAUGCCAUAAACACUGAAUAAUAAUUUAUAUUUAUAUUUGCUAAUUUUGUAUAAAAAACUUGAUGUAAAACCAUAGGUAGUUUAUACAUACCUACCCUGUAAAUUCUAUUCUAUGUUUCCAUUUGGAUAUUAAGAGAUUCGAUAAUAUUUAGAUAUUUAUUCCAGUAGGUACCUAAAUGUAAAAGUAAUUAAAAGUUAAAUUUUGUUUUUGUUUACUGUUUGUUAUUGUUUUGUAAGAUAAUUGUAGUUAUUUAUGACAGUGUUUGUUGUUAUCUUAUCCAGUCUUAUUCGCCAUUACAUUAAUUUGAUGUU